AUGCUAAACAUCUGCGAGGGAACACUAAACAUCUGCGAGGGAACGCAAAACAUCGGCGAGGGAACGCUAAACAUCUGCGAGGGAACGCAAAAUAUCGGCGAUGGAACGCAAAACAUCUGCGAGGGAACGCAAAACAUCCGCGAGGGAACGCAAAAUAUCCGCGAGGGAAUGCAAAACAUCUACGAGGGAACGCAAAAUAUCCGUGAGGGAAUGCUAAACAUCUGCGAGGGAACGCUAAACAUCGGCGAGGGAGCGCAAAACAAAGGCGAGGGAACGCAAAACAUCUGCGAGGGAACGCAAAAUAUCGUCAUCAAAUCCUUUGAGAGACUGGUGCUCUCCCAUCUGAAGAACAUCACAGAUCAUCUGCUAGACCCCCUGCAAUUUGCAUACCGGGCAAACAGCUCAUCGUUUAAUACAGUCACCCCUGGACAGCUACACAGCAAACUACUCCAACUCAGCGUGCCAAGCCCCACCUGCCAGUGGAUCACCAACUUCCUCUCUGGCAGAGAGCAGCAGGUGAGGUUGGGAAAGUUCACCUCAAACACAGAGACCAUCAAUUUUGAAAAGGAGGGACAGUAUGCAGUGAGCAUUUUGCUGCUGGGGAAGAACAGCCAGGAAAACGGAAGAGUGGAAAACUUCAUCCUGAGAAGAGACGCGUUUGAUGCUGAAGCUCCUCCUUCUUCAGUAGAGCAGUACAGUGAGAAAGCCAGAGAACAAGCAGAAGGAAGAUACAUCACACUCAACACAUCUGAGCUGUUUGAUACUGAACUCUCUGAUGAGGAGCUGAGUGAGAGGGUUAAAACGUGCAUGACUCUUUGUGCUCCUGGACCUCACAUUAUAAUGCUGGUCAUGCAGCCACAAGACUUCACUGAGACAGACAGAAACCAACUGAAUAACAUCUACAGAUAUUUAUCUGAUGAUGCCCUUAAACACACCAUGGUGCUCACAACACAAAAGCCACAGUCAGGCAGCAGCGUAGAUCCAGAUGAUUGGAGCUUCUCUGAGGAGAAUAUUAUAGAAAAGAUUAAGUGGCAUUUUGACCUUGAAAGUGGAAGCAGUCAUUCUGCUCUUAUGGAGCAGAUGGAGAAGAUGGUUAAAGAGAAUGGAGAGGCUCACUUUCAGUGGGACGAAUUCAUGAUGGCUCCAUUAACAACAGAACAACAGCAGCAACAGAAAAUGCCUGAACAAACGCCGGGGAAAAAUAUUCCACAUAAAGACAGGAGACAGCAGAAGGAAGCAUCAGGAAGAUCUUGGAAUCCAUUCUCUCGUGGUGGACAACAAGAGGUGCCUCAGAGGUUGAACUUGGUGCUGUGUGCCAGUGAUGGAGCACUGAAGGCCUUAGUAUCAGAUCUCAUUCUGGGCCCAAAUAAGUGCAGACCAGAGUCCAGCUCAGAAUGCGUGAGGAGAGAUGGAGUGGUGUCGAAGCGCCCGAUCACCCUGGUGGAGAUGCCGGCUCUCUACAACACACCUCACUCAGAGGAGGAAGUGAUGCAAGAGGCACUCCACUGUUUCUCUCUGUGUGAUCCUGGAGUUCAUGCUUUCAUCCUCAUCAUUCCAGUUGGUCCCCUCACUGAUGAAGACAAAGGAGAAAUGGAGAAGAUCCAGAACAUUUUCAGCUCUAAAGUCAACAACUAUUUAAUAGUUCUCUUUACAGCACAGCAGAAUGACAGUACAGCAAAAGAUUUUACAGAACAAAAUAUGGACAUAAAGAACUUUCUUGCCACUUGUAAACAUAAAUAUAUAUUAGUAAACACAAAAACAGGGAAAAAAAACAAGCAAACAAGUGAAAAACUGUUAAAUGAAAUUGAAGAAAUGACAGAAACACAGCCAUAUUCUCUUUACAUGUAUGUGAAAGCCCAAGAGGAAAGAGUCAGAUGUGAACUACAGGAAGAGCUGAGCAAAAAAGAGAAAGAAGUCCAGGACUUAGAGGAAGAAAUCCAGAAGUUAAAGAGGCAGCUCCAGCUGGAAGGUGAAGAUAAAGAUGAACCACAGGUUUCGCACGACUUAAGGAUAGUACUGAUUGGAAAAACAGGAAGUGGAAAGAGUGCAACAGGAAACACCAUCUUGGGAAGAGAUGAAUUUAAAAGUGAAAUCAGUUUGAGUGCUGUGACAAGAGUUUGCAAAAAAGGAGUUGGUGAGGUUGAGGGAAAGUCAGUUGCUGUUGUUGACACUCCAGGCCUCUUUGACACCACACUGUCCAAUGAAGAUAUACAGCAAGAAAUUGUGAAGUGCGUCUCACUCUCAGCACCUGGACCCCAUGCUUUCAUCAUUGUGCUGACUUUGGGAAGAUUCACCAUAGAAGAAUAUGCGACUUUAGAGCUGAUAAAAAAGACGUUUGGUCCAAAGGCUGCGAUGUUCACUAUAGUGCUGUUCACUGGAGGAGAUAAGCUGGGAAAUAAGUCAAUAGAACAAUUCAUUGAGGAAAAUAACACUGAACAAAUCAACAAGGUGCUCAGAGACUGUGGACAGAGGUUUCUAGCAUUUAAUAACAACGAAAAAGAAGACCGCACCCAAGUUUCUCGACUUUUAAGACAGAUAGAAAUGGUGAUAAACUCAAACACGUCAAGUAAGUACUUCACAAACAACAUGUUCGAAGAGGCAGAAAUGUCCAUCAAAAAGAGAAUUGAGGAAAUUCUGAAAGAGAAAGAGCGAGAGAUCGAAGCUGAAAAGGAGAAACUGGAAGCCAAAUACAGUGAAGAAAUGGAAGACAUGAAGAGAAGACAAGAGGAAGAAAAACAAAAGGCCGAUGAAGAAAAGCUCCAAACGGAGAGGAAGUUCGAAGAAAAGAUGGAAAUCUUCAAAAAAGAGUUUGAAGCAAAAAAUGAACUAGAGAAGAAGAAACGGGAGAUGGAGGACAAGAAAAGGUUAGAAGAAGAAAAAAUACAAAAGAUGAAAUGGCAAACCAGAAUUACUGAGUUAGAAACCGAGAACCAAGAGCAGAGAGCUGAAUUUGAGAAACAGUUAAGAGACAGAGAGGAGGAGGAUAAAAAGACAGAAGAGAGAUACAAACAAGAAAAAGAAAUUCUCAUGAAUCAACAGAAGAGUGCCAUGGAGGAGCUGAGAAUUAGACAGGAAGAAGAGCGUAAACGGAAAGAUCUGGAAGAGAACAAAAGGAGAGAAGAGGAAGAGAACGAGAGGCAGAACUGGGAGAGGAAAAUAAAAGAGGCUGAACACGAGAAAAAUGAGGUACAAGAGGACCUAAAGCAAAAACAGAGUGAAUGGGAAGACGAAAAGAAAAGAGAGAUGGAAAGACGGGUGGAAGAGGACCUGCUGAGAAAACAGAGACACACAGAAGAGCUGAGAGCAAAGGAAGAAGAACAAGACAGAUUGAGAGAGGAAUUUGAAAAGAAGAUGAAAGAAGAAAGGCAUCAGAGAGAGGAGGAGAAACGACAGUGGAGGGAAGAGAGUGAGCGAAAAGAAAAAGAGAAUGAGGAAAAGAAACGUGCAAUGGAAGCACAAAUGAAAGAACAGUAUGAGCAGCUGGAAAAAACGAGGAGGGAGGAGUGGGAGAGAAGAAAACGUGAGGACGAUGAAAGAAGAGAAGAAGAGAUGCAAAGACAGCAGAAACUUAGAGAGGAGAUGGAGAGAGAACGGCAAGAGGACAUUACGAGGAGAGAGAGGGAAGAGACUGCUAGAAGAGAGAAAGAGGAGAAGGAACGUGAGGAGAUGACAAAGAACUACGAUCAGAAAAUGGAGGAGAUGAGAAAUAAAUAUGAAGAUGAAGCCAGAAAGCAGGCUGAGCAGUUAAACGAGUUCCAUGAAAGAAAAGAAAAACACUUCCAGGAGAUGAUUGAAGAGUAUGAGAAACAGUACAAAGUUCUGGAGAAUCUGUUUAAAAGCACCAAGGCCGAAAAUACUGAGGAAAUGAAUAAAAUACAAGAAGAACUAGACGAACUAAAAACUCAGUCAAAGUGUGUCAUUCAGUGAGGCUUGCUGUGAAACAUGAUGACUGGAAGAUGAUUUAAUGUUACUAAUGCUAAACAUCUAAUGCUUCUGAGUUCACUGUUAUUUUUAGUUUAGCUCAAAUCGAUUUUGAAGUUGCUUGGUACUGUUGCACACCUUAAAACUCGCUUGCAGGAGGAAUGUAUACAGCGAAUACUAUGAAUACACCUAUCUGUAAUUGCCAGGCUUGGUGGUUGUGUUUAAUAGUGGUGGACAGUAACUAAGUAAAUGUAAUUAGUUACUGUACUUAAGUAGCUUUUUCGUGUAUCU